AUGGAACUUCUCAAAGAAGACACAUUCGACGCUUCUUCCUCCUCCUCUUCUUGGUUGGAGGUGAGCUUGUUGAGCAGGGAUCCAAUAGUGUUACUGGCGUCGGAGCGACCCAAGAAGCGAGUGGGACGGAGGGUUUUCAAGGAGACGAGGCAUCCCGUGUACAGAGGAGUGCGACAGAGGAACAAAGACAGGUGGGUUUGCGAGGUUUGUGUGCUGAACGGUGACACCAGGAUUUGGCUCGGAACAUAUUCCACGGCGGAGAUGGCCGCUCGUGCUCAUGACGUGGCGGCUCUGGCUCUUUGUGGUAAAUUGCCUUGCUUGAAUUUCGCUGACUCCGCUUGGCGGUUGCCUCUACCGGAAUCAACCAAUGCGGCGGAUAUCAGACGUGAAGGAUUUCGGGCAAACCUCCUGGUUGUCUCUGCACCACUACCUCCUUUAUCACUAAGCGAACAUUUAGGGGCCUUAUCUGGUGAUCUGGUAUUCAAAGUUUGCCUUGAUUUGGUACCGCUCUCGUGGCCCACACCAAAACAACGCUUUACUCCUAGAUGUCUAGUCAACUACUAUGCCUCAAUGCAUUUUGAGGAAAACCAGCUAGCUCUGGGUUCGAGUGGUAUUUUGAUGAUUCAACAAGGUCCCCGGGAGUCCUUCGAUGAAUACCUAGACAGGUACAUAAGGCUCUCUCGUUACUCUAACGACCUCUAA